UUAAAAAUAAAAUAUGACAAUGACAGCAGCCAAAAUCAUUGGAGCUGUGGUAGGGACUACGGUACUUGAUUUCGGGUUGGAACAUGUUAUGUCUGAUAGGAAGUUGUUUGGAGGGACCACUCCGUCAACUGUUUCAAACCAGGCAUGGUGGCAAGAAACUGAUAAGAAGUUCCAGUCGUGGCCUCGUGUAGCAGGACCCCCAGUUGUUAUGAACCCCAUCAGUCGCCAGAAUUUCAUUGUCAAGUCUCGUGAUGAAUAAUGUGGGAGGAAAGUGCUGUAGUAUCAUUUGUGGUGCGUGAUUAGUUUUCAAUCUGCCCCUGAAAGUGGAUACUCAGAAUGGAAGUAGCUCAUCUACUCGAAGUCUGAUUAUAAUGACUACUUUUUUUUUAUCACAUUGUGUAGUUGUUUUUGUGGAUAUAGGUAUUGGUCAAUAAUGAUAAAAACCUGAUUGGGAACACAAUAUGCACCUUAUG